ACAGUAGCGCUAUCAGUUCAAAGUAACCGGUAACGGUUAACAUUUUAUUACUAAUAUAGUUACUCAUAAGAUAAUAAAUAAUAAACUUUCCGUAACUUCUGGUUAAAAAAAAUCCAGUAAUAUGACGAUCGGCAAAAACAAUAAAAUGUUACAACAUAUAAAUUAUAGAAUUAGAAUUAUUUUGCAAGACUCCAGAACAUUUAUAGGCACAUUUAAAGCCUUUGAUAAACACAUGAACUUAAUACUUGGGGAUUGUGAGGAAUUUCGUAAGAUCAAACCAAAGAAUACUAAACAACCAGAAAGGGAAGAUAAACGUGUAUUGGGUUUUGUUCUGUUAAGAGGAGAAAAUAUUGUUUCUUUAACUGUAGAAGGUCCUCCACCACCAGAAGAAGGAUUGCCUAGAGUACCUAUUCCUGGUGCAGCACCAGGACCUGGUAUGGGUAGAGCAGCUGGUCGUGGUAUGCCUGCUAAUGUUGCUGGAGUACCUGCUGGAUUACAAGGACCUGUAAGAGGUGUUGGUGGUCCAUCGCAACAAAUAAUGACACCAGGAGGUAGAGGUCAAGUUUCUGCCCCACCACAAAUGCAUCCUGGUGGUCCUCCACGUAUGCCAGUUGGAGGUCCUCCACCUGGAAUGAUGGGCCCACCACCAGGAAUGAUGGGUAUGCCACCAGGUAUGCCACCAAUGGGACGUGGAGGUCCACCAAUGGGACCACCAGGAAUGAGAGGUCCACCUCCUGGUAUGAUGCGUGGUGGACCACCACCACGUCCUUAUUAACAUUUAAACUAUUAUAUUACUGUAUUUGGUAACAAUAAAGAACUCUUUUCUAAUACUAA